UUUGACUAAGGAGGGCCUACACCAAAAAUCAGCACUCUGCCUUUGGCUUCAUCCAGAGUUUCGGUGUUCAAAUUCUGUCCACAUGAAAUUAAGAAAAAGAAGCACUUGACCGGUGAAAGUAUAAGGAAAGGCUGGAAAAAACAAUCAGAGAUCGAAACUGCCAGAGACAAAGCGAGCGAGGAAAGAAACUUCGAAUUUAGUUUGUAGCAACAGUGGAUAAUGGGAACUGUUCUCGAUUCCCACUUCUUAGCACUCACAGCGCUUGUCACUGUGGGUUAUCAGUUCUUCUUCUUCGUAAUCACCGCUCUUCUCAAGUUCGACAAAGUCACAGACUUUGCUGGUAGCACCAACUUCAUUAUACUUUCUGUAUUGACUCUUAUUUUGAAAGGAUCAUGGCAUUUUAGGCAGGUAGUCUUGACCUUGCUUGUGGUAAUAUGGGGUCUUCGCCUAGGACUAUUUCUAUUAAUGAGGAUUUUGCAGUGGGGAGAAGAUCAACGUUUUGAUGAAAUGCGUUCCAAUUUGGGCAAAUUGGCAGUUUUCUGGAUAUUUCAGGCUGUUUGGGUAUGGACUGUGAGUCUACCAGUAACAGUUGUUAAUGCAAGUGACAGGGAUCCAUCACUUCAGGCUGAAGAUAUUAUUGGGUGGAUUAUAUGGUCUGUGGGCUUUACUGCUGAAGCCACAUCAGAUCAGCAAAAACUGUCAUUCAAGAACUCUCCUAACAACAGAGGGAAGUGGUGCAACAUUGGGCUCUGGAGAUUCUCUCGCCAUCCAAACUACUUUGGUGAGAUUUUUCUUUGGUGGGGAAUCUUUGUGGCUUCCACACCUGUAUUGGAAGGGGCAGAAUGGCUUGUCAUUCUGGGGCCAAUCUUUCUUACUCUGUUGCUUUUUUUUGUCAGUGGCAUACCAUUGCUCGAGGAAUCAGCAGAUAAGAAAUAUGGCAAUUUGGCUGAAUACAGGAUGUAUAAAAAAACAACUAGCCCCCUUAUUCCUUUGCCCCCGGCUGUUUACGGGUCUUUGCCUGCAUGGUUCAAAGGCACUUUUCUUUUUGAGUUUCCUCUCUACAGUCGAAAUCUUCCUCAAGAAGAAAGAUCCAACUGAGCUACAAGGGAAACCUACUCAGAAAAUAGUUCCAUGUCCAAUGCCAAGGAAAAUUGCAAAGUUGACUUUCAUAAGUCACACCAUUUACCACAGGAGAAAGACCUUGGUCAUUCGUGUUUUCAUGCCCUGCAUAUCUCUCUGGAGCGAAGAUAUUGGAACUAUCAUUCUUUCCACUUGGCAUUUUGGGAGAGCAUUGGUUGUAUCAUGCUGUUAUUUUGUUCAUUGUAUAAAUCAGUUGUCUAAUGUUAUUCUAAGUGUUUUAGUAGCUAAGGUACUGGUUUGCUUUGCAUCUCCGCCUGACUAUUAAAUUGUGUAUUUUUGGGUAUUCUGGUUUGUAUUUUUAUGUUCUUUCUAUGAAAAUUUUUGCUUUUGUAAUCACAUUUUCAACCUAUACCAUAGUAAUUUUUUUUAUAAUUGUAUACAGCUGUACUUGUAUUUGUUAUUUAGUACAAUCCUGCUGGUGACAUCCUUUCUGUC